AUGUCCUGGCAAGCAUACGUUGACAGCAGCCUUGUUGGCUCCGGCAACAUCGACCAGGCCGCUAUUUUCGACAAGGAUGGCACCAGCGCAUGGGCUACGUCUCCUGGUUUCAAAGUGAGCCCCGAGGAGAUGAAGGUUAUAAUAGACUCGUUCUCGGCCAGCGAUAAUAUAAAGGAUAUACAGACCAACGGCUUCCACGUCGGCGGAGAGAAGUUCUUCACGCUCAGGGCCGAUGACAGCAGAGUCUACGGCAAGCUUGGGAAAACCGGCAUCGUCAUUGUCAGGACUAAGAUGGCCCUUCUCCUUGCACACUACCCAGAGACCAUCCAGCCGGGUGCCGCCACCAACACCGUAGAAGCCCUGGCAGAGUACCUCAAAGGUGUGGGCUACUAG